GGCGGGGGGCGGCAUGGCUGUGGCCGGGAGCUUGCUGCAAAGGGUCUUAGAGCUGAAAGAGCGUCUCGGCCAGGCCCAGGAUCCCAAGAAGGUCAUAAAAGCACUUAAGGCCCUGCAGGGUCUAGAUAUAUCAGUGGACAUUCUAGCAGAGACUGGAGUAGGAAAAACAGUGAACAGUUUUAGGAAACAUGCCAUAGCUGGGACUAUAGCUAAAUCCCUGGUAAGCCACUGGAAAAAACUUAUCCCCCCAGAAACUGAAAGUGAUCACAGUGAAAAAAAACAGGUCACCAAAAAAGUGAGAGAUGAGAGAGGAUCAUCCAUUUCUAAGGAAGACAAGCACUCUGAGAAAUCAAAAGCAUCUGAAUCAUCCUCAAGAGAUGGUAAAAAGUCUCCCAAAUUGGAUAAACCUAAAAAGGAACAUAGUUUUGCAGAGACUGAACAUAGAAAUAAGGAGUCUGAGACUCCUAAUGGAUGUGAACAUAAAGUACACAGCAGCCAUAAUUCUAACAACACUUCCCAAGGCAUCAAUCCUAAAGAUAAAAAAAGUGACUGCGAAGAAACAGUCCUUUCAGCCAGCAAAAAAACUUUGGAAAAGCACCAUUCUUCUGUAGCUGACAAAGACUCACCCUCAAAGGAAGAAAAACCUAGUAAGGAUGUCUCCAAACAUAGAAACUUUGAGCAUGCAGGAAAACUAAAAGAAAAUCUUAUGACGGAAAGCAAAACAAAAGUACCAGGUGAUGAGGACUUCGAGCCUCCUACCAUGUCUUUUGAAUCCUAUCUUACUUAUGAUCAGGUUACAAAUAAGAGAAAAAGGAAAGCUUAUCCUAAAAGUGUACAACCAAAAAUUAUCAAGUGCUGUGAUAAGAACACUUCAUCCCAAAAAAGCUCAAAACUCCUUGUCACAAAAGAGGAUGAGGAAAAGCCACAACAAACUGAAGAUGGUCAGUCAGAAACACCUGCUAAAAAGGCCAAGACAGCAUCACUUCAAGAUCUACUUAAUACUCCACUACCUAAGUUUCUACCAGAGAUAUCAAUAUCCUCUCCCCCCUAUGCCACUGAUUUUAAAGCUUCCAUAAUGCCAGCCACAGAAGUACCUGAGCAAAACAGUGAUACAAGCCAGUUCACAGGACGGAGACUAAAUUCUAAAAUGCAAGUUUACUCUGGUUCUAAAACAGUCCAUCUCUCAAAGAUGCUAACAUUGUAUGAACAGUGCAUCCGUGUACUUCAAAACAAUAUUGAUUCACUACAUGAAGUAGGAGGAGUGCCCUUUGAAAUUCUUGAGCCUGUGCUAAGACGCUGUACACCAGAGCAAUUAUUUCGAAUAGAGGAAUGUAAUCCGACAUUCACAGAAGAAUCUGACCACUUGUGGAAGAGACACUGCCAAAAGGAUUUUAAAAAUGAUCAACUCCUGGAAUAUGAAUCAUGGCGUGAAAUGUACUUGAGACUUUUCAAUCAGAGAGAAGAAAAACUUAAGACACUUACAAAAAAUAUUCUUUCAGCUCAAUCUGAAAAACCUAAAGGGCGUCAAGUUAAAAUGGCUUACGUAAAUAGUGUGGCUAAACCACCCAGAAAUAUUCGUCGGCAGCAAGAGAUCUAUGGGACAGCUGGACCUAUUCAACUUCAUCCUACAGAAAAGGGCAAACUGAAAAAUCCAGAAAGCAGAGACAGAAAUAGCACCUUGUCGAGUCUAAACUCUGCCAGUAGCAGUGUAACACCUGGAUGUUCCAGUGCUUGCUCAAGUGGUGUGAACCCGGAUGUUAAAAAACAUAUCAAAAAAGUCGCACCAAUGAUGAGGAAAACCUUGAGAGCUUUCAAGAAUAGAGUUGGACCACGAUAAACUUCAGACACUCAGUAUCUUAAUUUGUUAUCAUUGCACUUGUUAUAACUAUUGAUGUAUAAUAUAACCAGUAUUCAUUUCAAGUGGUCUAAUGAAUAAAGUGGCAGA